GGGGAUGUUUUAGCGCGGCCGAAAACCUGGGGAUGAUGAGAUGAGAACACGAUUCCCAUGCCAGCCACGCGACGCCUUUUUGCCCCUGAGUGCGAAUCCAAACUCCCUUCGCGACAACGAUCAGUAUUUCAGCCCUCCAAGCAUGAAACUCUCGUAACCAAGUUCGGACGAUUGUCUUAUCAUGUGGAUUCUACCACUUGUCGGAUAUUUAGGCCUUGGCCUCGGCUUUGGAUUUUUGACCCUAGCAAUCGCUUCGGGACUCUAUUACCUCUCAGAACUGGUUGAAGAGCAUACAGUCGUCGCGAAGAGGCUGCUGACGCGAUUGAUAUACGGAAUUAUCGGCAUCCAGACCCUCCUUACGUUGAUCGAUGGCUUCCCUUUCAUGCUCUCCCUGUUGAGCAUAUUCUCGCAUGUCGUGUAUCUGGGGAACAUGCGUCGAUUCCCUAUCGUGAAGCUCUCUGAUCCUCUGUUCAUACUCUCUUGUGUGCUGGUACUACUUAACCACUAUGUCUGGUUCAACCACUUCUCCUUCUCCUCCCUCGUCUCUACGCCAGCUUCACGCUACGAUCCCUCGAACCUCCCUACCUUCACCGAGAUCGCAUCGUACUUCGGUCUCUGCGUAUGGCUCGUACCAUUCUCUCUCUUCGUUUCCCUGUCCGCAAGCGAUAAUGUGCUGCCGACGAUGGGUAGUGAAGCGCCUGGCAUGCCGGGUGCAUCAGGGGACGGGAAGAAUAGACGACAGGGGAUGUUUAAGGUGGUGGUUGAUGUCGUAAGAGACUGGUUAGGGGAGUUGGGACGUGUAGCGGGAUGGAAUAGACCGGAUAGAGGGUUUUGAUGUAGGAAUUAUUAUGGGAGUAGGAACAUUGUUUGGCGUUGGUGGAUCUCUGGCAUCCUUACCCGGACGAGAAUGGCUCAUGUGAAUUACAUAGGUAUCUUUGGGCAGAGAAUUAUGAUCAUGAUGUAUUUUAUGUGCUAAUGAAUCUGCAAAUUAACUCCAAGGGUAUCUUCCAGCAAAUCCUCAUUAACGCCCUGUAGGUAAGUGGUACAUGAGUGUAUGUAUAGCAAUAAUUUGUAGCAAUGUCUAAUUCAUUCAGGUGCCCACGAUCAGCUUUCAGAGUUAGAAAUUGCACAGAGAUGAGUUGGGGGUCGGUCCUGUUCACUUACCGGUCAUCACUUCAGUCACGUUGAGAGGAAUUGGCCUCCAUAUCCUCGAGGCGGCCAUCGAACAUGGCAACGAGUUCACCAGAAAGGUGGACGGUGUUGGUCUCGAUGGAUAUCAUACUGGCGAUGAUGAGACUCUCGAUGUUUUGGCGUUUCUUGUCCAAGGCAUCAAGUCUUGCCCACGCAGCUUGGUGGGACUUGGAG